AUGAGAAAAGGAGAAAACAAUGACCCCAAAGAUGUGCAAAGAAAAGAAAAAGCCAAGAUACAACUCAAAAGAAGUAUAGGUUAUUUUGAUGGGGUAAGUUUUAUUAUAGGAUCAAUUGUUGGAGCAGGGAUCUUUGUGUCUCCCACAGGGGUGUUAAAACAUUCCUUACUCAAUGUUGGCGUUGCACUGAUGAUCUGGACUGCGUCUGGGCUUGUUUCUCUGAUGGGUGCUCUCUGCUAUGCGGAGCUGGGAACUGCUCUGCCCUUCUCUGGAGGAGAAUACAGCCAUAUUAAAAGAGGCCUUGGAUCUGUACCCGCCUUUGUGUUUAUCUGGACAUCAACAUUUACCAAGCCAGCAUCAAAUGCUGCUCGAGCCUUGCUGUUUGCUGAAUAUGCCACACAGCCUUUCUAUGGCGUUUGUCCUACACCAGACUUGCUGAAGAAGUGCUUGGCCUUGGCCGUUCUUUGGUCCCUGGGGAUUUUGAAUGGUCUCAGCGUCAAAAUGGCUGCGUGGGUGCAGGCAGUUUUCACUCUGCUGAAGAUGAUGGCCUUGUCUGUGAUUGCUGUUGGUGGCAUAGUUCUGCUUGUUGCCAGGCAAAAGGAGACUCUAGCCAGGUUUGAGGACAUGUUCAGCUCAGAGAUCCCCAACGCCUCACAGGUUGCCGAAGCCUUCUUCCAAGGGCUGUACGCGUACGGCGGCUGGUGGUCCCUCAACUACAUGGCAGAGGAGAUGAAAAACCCCAGCAGAAAUAUUCCAUUAACUGUGAUGACAGCUGUUCCUGCAGUAAUUGUUUUUUAUUUACUAGUGAACAUCUCAUAUCUGACUGUCCUCACACCUAAGGAAAUUGUCUCCUCAGUUGCUGUGGCAGUCACUUGGGCCGAUCGAGUGAUCCCCUCUGUUGCCUGGAUCAUUCCUCUCUCUGUUGCUGUCUCAAUAUUUGGUGCCCUCAACAGCAGCAUGUUCACACUCGGUCGAUUAAGCUAUGCUGGAAGUCAGUCAGGACAUUUACCUCUUUUAAUAUCCAUGCUUAAUGUCCACUCCUGUACUCCAGCACCAGCCAUGAUUUUUUCAACCAUCAUUGCAUCCAUUUUUAUCAUCCCCUCUGACCUUAUUAUGUUAACAAAUUACUUUGGAUUUUCUUCCUGGCUUAUGACUGGAUUGACUUGUGCAAGCCUGAUUGUACUUCGAUACCGGGAACCUCAUCUACAUCGACCAUACAAAGUGUUUUUACCAAUUCCAUUUAUGAUGGUGGCGAUGUCUUUCUUCCUAGUUCUAGCUCCCAUAGUCUGGUCUCCAAACCUGCAAUAUGUUUAUGGCUUCCUGUUUAUGCUUGGAAGUCUUAUUGUUUAUCUGCCUUUUAUACAUUUUAAAUUGCGUUUUGCAUUUCUUGAUAAAAUUACUUGCCACUUACAGCUCCUGUUAGAGGUCUGUCCUGCUGAUGGAUCUGCUGAGGGCAAAUGUGAAUAAUGGCAGAUAUUUAAUCUCAGCACAAAUAAGAGCCAGCAGAGGAUUUUGUUUAACUGACACUGUAACAGUACAAUUUAGAUGUUGAUGUGAUAUAUAGGUGUGCAUGUAUGCAUAUACAGAUACAGAUGUAUACACAUAUAUUGCAAACAUGCACAUAUAUGUAUAUAUAGGCACAGAAUCACAGAAUCACAGAAUGAACUAGGUUGGAAAAGACCUUUGAGACCAUCAAGUCCAACCUAUGACCUAACACCUCCUCAUCAACUAAACUAUGGCAUAGGCUUAGUAAUUUAAUAUGUAUAUAUGUUUGUUUUUGUUUGUAUAAAUAUAUAAUUGUAUACUUAUAAUAAUUUAAUAGGUGCGAAGGAUCUCUCAUAAACUUGCAAAAUCUGUAAAAUGCUCUCUCUUGAUCCUGAAAACACAGUUAAAAGUUGUGUAAAGUCUUGUAAUAAUAGAAAUAAGCCUCAAUCACAGCAAAAGUAAUUAUAAAUAUUAUACAAUAAUCGAAUAAAUACCUAAUGGCAUCAUUAUAAAAAUACAUUUUCAUGCUUUGAACUAAAUUGUCUGGAUUAUUCUUAGUUUGCAGUUUAGCUCAUUGAUUAGAACUUCUGGUUUUAAAGACUUUAUAUUUCUUUUCAUAUGCUACCUUUUUUGGCAUUAAUUUAUUUUUAAUAAAAGCCUUUGAAGAAUAUCA